UCAUCCACAUCACAUCCCCAUCUGAACUAAUCCCCGGUUCCUCCCUCCUUCUGUCCCCAUGGCCCAAGGUUGGCCCUUCUUCCUCCUUGUCCUCUUCUCCUCCUCCUGUGUAUCCAACCACCUCGUCAAUGGAGAGAGGGUCUUCCUAUUCCCCCAGUCUCACAAGGUCUCCUCCAUUGUCAGCAAGAGGUAUAGGACUGCCUACCACUUCCAGCCCCCCAAGAACUGGAUCAAUGAUCCAAAUGGACCGAUGUACUACAAUGGUAUCUACCAUGAGUUCUACCAGUACAACCCCAAUGGAUCCCUCUGGGGUAACAUAAUUUGGGGCCAUUCAGUAUCGACAGACCUCAUCAACUGGAUCCCAGUAGAACCCGCGAUCGAACGGGAUAUCCCAAGUGACAUAAACGGUUGCUGGACCGGCUCAGCCACAAUUAUUUCUGGUGAUCAACCAAUUAUCAUAUACACCGGAGCCGACAAGGAGAACCGUCAGCUCCAGAACAUUGUGCUUCCCAAAAACAAGUCUGACCCGUAUCUGAGGGAGUGGACAAAAGCAGGUAAUAACCCGGUGAUCCAACCAGUCGGGCCAGGCUUGAACGCGAGCCAGUUCAGGGAUCCGACAACCGGUUGGAUUGGACCGGAUGGACUGUGGAGGAUAGCAGUUGGUGCUGAGCUUAAUGGCUACGGUGCUGCACUUUUGUACAAGAGUCAAGACUUUCUGAAUUGGACUAGAGUUGAUCACCCGUUGUAUUCAUCCAAUGUCUCCUCAAUGUGGGAGUGCCCAGAUUUUUUCGCGGUAUUGCCAGGAAAUAGUGGUGGACUGGACCUAUCUGCAGAAAUCCCAAAUGGCGCCAAGCAUGUCCUCAAAAUGAGCCUAGAUUCCUGUGACAAGUACAUGAUCGGAGUUUAUGAUCUGAAACGUGAUACCUUUAUGCCAGAUAGUGUGUUAGAUGACCGUCGACUGUGGUCGAGGAUCGAUCAUGGCAAUUUCUAUGCUUCAAAGUCAUUCUUCGACUCGAAAAAGGGAAGGAGGAUCAUAUGGGGUUGGACUAAUGAGACAGAUAGCUCUUCAGAUGAUGUUGCAAAAGGUUGGGCUGGAAUCCAUGCAAUUCCCAGGACAAUAUGGUUAGACAGUUAUGGCAAGCAGUUGCUGCAAUGGCCAGUUGAAGAGAUCGAGUCCCUUCGAAGAAAUGAAAUCAGCCAUCAGGGACUAGAGCUGAAGAAAGGAGACCUAUUUGAGAUUAAAGGAACCGACACUUCGCAGGCUGAUGUGGAGGUAGAUUUUGAGCUGACAUCCAUUGAUAAUGCCGACCCUUUUGAUCCCUCCUGGCUUUUGGAUGUCGAGAAGCAUUGCCGAGAAGCAGGUGCAUCGGUUCAAGGUGGCAUAGGGCCAUUUGGACUUGUUGUCUUGGCCUCUGACAACAUGGAGGAGCACACUGCUGUACACUUCAGAGUCUACAAAUCGCAGCAAAGCUACAUGAUCCUCAUGUGUUCUGAUCUAAGAAGGUCUUCCCUGAGAUCAGGCCUGUACACACCAGCCUAUGGAGGCUUCUUUGAAUUUGACCUUCAGAAGGAAAGAAAGAUAUCUCUGAGAACUCUGAUUGAUCGGUCGGCGGUGGAGAGCUUUGGAGGCGGCGGCAGGGUCUGCAUCAUGGCCAGAGUUUAUCCGAUGGUUCUUGUCGAUGAUGGAGGGGCCCACAUGUACGCCUUCAACAAUGGCAGUACCACGGUCAGGGUGCCACAGCUCAGGGCAUGGAGCAUGAGCAGAGCACAAGUGAACGUGAAGAAGAGUUGAAGUGAUGAUUAACAUAGAAGAGCAAAUCUAACUGACCUGUGAUUGGACCACUGGAAAAUUGAUUUCAUUGCUUAGCACUAUAGUUUCUUGA